UCACCGCUAAGUUUAGAUAUAAAAUGAGACCUUGCUACUUCAUCCAAACCAAACCAUACAUAUGUAAACUUGUAAACAUGUCUUUUGCAUCAACAAUAUUUGCUUUCCUUCUCUUCACUUUCACUUUUUCAUACUUUUCAUUCAAACUCCUCUUACAUCCGAAACAAAAAACUACAAACCAAAAGAAGCCACCUGGUCCACCAACACUGCCAAUCAUCGGAAACCUCCAUCAAUUAGGCACACUUCCACAUAGAACACUUCAAUCACUCUCCAAAAAAUAUGGUCCAAUCAUGUCCUUACAACUUGGUCAAGUUCCAGCUAUUGUCAUUUCAUCUUCAAAAGCAGCAGAAUCAUUCCUCAAAACCCAUGACAUCAAUUUUGCAAGCCGACCAAGGAUUCAAGGAUCUGAGCUCAUGUCUUAUGGUUCUAAGGGGAUUGCUUUUUGUGAAUAUGGUCCUUAUUGGCGCAGUGUAAGGAAAUUUUGCACUUUGAAACUUUUUAGUACUUCGAAAGUUGAGAUGUUUGGUCCUAUUAGGAAGGAGGAGUUGGAUGUUUUGGUUAAAUCUUUGGAGAAAGCUUCUUUGGUGGGUGAGGUUGUGAAUGUUAGUGAGGUUGUAGAGAAUCUUAUUGAAGAUAUUGUGUAUAAGAUGAUAUUGGGUCGGAGUAAGUAUGAACAAUUUGACUUGAAGAAGUUGGUUCAAGAAGGAUUGAUUUUGAUUGGAGCUUUUAAUUUGGCUGAUUAUGUUCCUUGGUUGGGUGUUUUUGAUCUUCAGGGAUUAACACGAGCUUGCAAGAAAGUCAGUAAAUCACUUGAUGAGUUGUUGGAAUUGAUAAUAACAGAGCAUGAACAAGCUACUAAUGUACACAAAAAUCGACAUGAAGAUUUCGUAGACAUACUUGUUUCAAUUAUGCACCAAAGCAUAGAUCACGAAAACGAACAAAAUCUUGUCAUUGAUCGAACGAACGUCAAGGCUAUUUUGCUUGACAUGAUAGUUGCAGCAAUUGAUACAUCUGCUACCUCGAUUGAGUGGAUUUUAUCUGAACUUUUAAGACAUCCAAGGGUGAUGAAAAUUCUUCAAGAUGAAAUACAAAAUGAAGUAGGAAAUAAGAAAAUGGUUGAAGAAAAGGAUUUGAAGAAGUUUAAUUACUUAGAUAUGGUGAUUGAUGAAACGCUAAGACUAUAUCCAGUUGCACCCUUACUAGUCCCUCGUGAAUGUAGAGAGCGUAUAACAAUUGAUGAUUAUUUUAUAAAAGAAAAGACACGACUUAUAGUAAAUGCAUGGGCAAUAGGAAGAGAUCCUAAUGUUUGGUCAGAAAAUGCGGAAGAAUUUUAUCCUGAGAGAUUUAUUGACAAGAAAAUGAAUUAUCAAGGACAAGAAUUUGAAUCUAUACCAUUUGGAUCUGGUCGUAGACGUUGUCCUGGGAUUCAAUUGGGUUUAAUUACUGUUAAGUUCGUAAUAGCUCAAUUGGUGCAUUGCUUUAAUUGGCAACUUCCAUAUAAUAUCAGUCCUUCCAAUUUGAAUAUGGAAGAGAAAUUUGGACUCACUAUACCAAGAGCUCAACACUUGCAUGCAACACCAAGGUAUCGUUUGGCUGACCCCAAGCAAGAAUAGGUCCAAGAACAACACUAUGAUGUUUUCAAGAAGUUUAUUAGCAGUAAAGAUGAUAAGUAUAGUAGGUCUAUUAAUGAUGUUUGUAGUAUAAAAGAAGUUAAUGCAAUUGUGUACGUUGUUUCUGCCAUGGGCUUUCACUUUCUUGAUUGUAUUGACAUUGUUUUGUACUAAAUCGUGUGUAUCGCAGACCAAUAGUGUGGUUAGUUAAAAUUUUGCUGCACUAUAGCAUUGCUA